AUGGCGAGUGACGAGAGCUCUACUAGCGAAGACAUCGCUAGGAGCGACACCUCUACUACCCCGCGCCGUGGAACCCGAAGUAUACGAGCUGUACGUCCCGGCCAUCCUUAUGCUGGGGGCUCUGGAGCGAGGAGAUCAUUGGAAGAAGCGUUAAGCCCCGGGGACAUACAGCUCGUCCAGGAUACGCCGCAGUACGCAUCACCACCAGUAAACACAGCCAGCCAUGGACCCGUCAGAUCUCCACCCACCAUGCAGUCUCCACAUCUACCCCAAACAACUUCAGGCCGAGAGCGCACUCCACCCACGCGGAGGUCACCUCGGUUGGCCGCGGCGGUUGGAGUCAGCAACGACACACCACCAAGAGCCACGGCGGCGCGGGUUGUCCCGAGCUCACUGGACGAAGGGGUGCUAACAAGUUUGAUGCAGCGGCGUACGCACGAUGGCAGCAGCUCUUCUAUCGAAGGGCACACGAAUGCUGACGCCAAUUUGUACCGCUUAAUUGUGAAGCCAAUUGUAAAGCAGGCUGUCAGUCAGCGUGACCAAACAGGUGAAGAGCUGGAGAUUAAUGCUGUUGAGGGAUCUACUUUCAACGCCUUAAUUAAAAGUUGUGGGAUAAAUUUCGUGGGCACAUGA